GCCCUGGUGUCUGUGGCCCCAUUACCUUGCUGGCCCAGCUCCUGCCCCAGAGCAGCUGGUGCCAGCCCCCUGCUAGCCCAUCCCUGGGAGCUGCCUCCACCCAGUCACCUGGGCGCAGAGCUGCAGAGGGUCCCCUGUGCAACAGGGCUAAUAUCAAGGGGGCUGCUGGGGAAGGGUCUUGCUCCCCCCCUCCCCCUUUGUGGGGCAUGUCCUCAGAGCCCGGAAAGGUGCCCAUUACUAGCUGUAUUAAGCUGGACUAUGUCCCAGUGCGACUCUUGCAGAGUAGCCCCAGCUGCCAGGCAGAGCACACCUCUGACCCCCCUGGGGCAGCGAUGGGUUUGUCAGCUGGGCCUAGGGGGCCCGUUCAGUCCCACCAGUGGCUUUGCAAGACACCGCUGCUGGCUGUGUGCCUUGGUCUGGGCUUGGGGUAUCCCUUCCACCACCUUCCUCUGCUCCUCCUGAUCAGAAGUCCAUCCCUGCCUUGAGCACCCCAGUGUCAGGGGGAGAAAAGAGCUUGCACAGGCUCCAGGCACUGGUCCCCUCUUCACCACUGCUCUUCACAUAAGCCCAGCUCAGUGCUUUGCAGCCUGGUGGCAACCAGUAGCUCCCAGUGAGUGUGGAUACACUAGGUGCUGGUACUUUCCCAUGGGCCUGCUCCACCACCACCCCACCCUGCAACCAGGAGCCCUGUAUGCAAAUGAGUGAUGGCAUGAUGUCGUGGCGCCAUGCCUACUGAUGUCACAUAAGAUGGCUCAACAGGCCAAUCGGCAGGUAAAGCUGAGAUGUGGUCACGGUUUCAUCCCAGCCCUUCGUGGGCCAGCAGAUGCCCCUGGGUCCAAGCACCCGUGUGCCAGGCAGAGCUGGACUGGCACCAACCCCAUCCACAUGUGAGCAGCCGGCCCCAGGGGUUGGUGGGGGCCAGCACAGCUGUGUCUGGGAGGGACAGGGUGGAAGGGCACAAGGGAGCGCAGAGGCAGGACUCCCGACUUCUAUUCCUGGCCUUCAGAGCGGAUCAGGGGCUAGAGCAGCGAGUCUUAGCCAGGGGUACCCUGGGGUGCUUUGAGAUCCUUUCAGGGGUGCUGCAGGGUGCCACACCAGGCUAGCACUGGUAGAGGUGCAAACACAUUUCCCAGGAUAAACCUGGGGGUGUCAAAUAGGAGCCCGGAGGGCGAGGAACAGGCUGCCCUCUUGUGUCUUCUGGAGCUCUUUGCAACAGAAGAAUUGCUCAGGGACUUUUCUGUAAUCCAAAACCGAGUGAAAACAAAGAGCUGGCAUCUGCUGAGGGGACCUUGAGCCUAACGGGGGGUGCAUGGGUCCAAAGAGGGGUGCUUCGAGCUUGAAAAAGGUUGCGAACCCCUGGUCUAGAGCAAAGGGACUUCAGCCAUGUGUCCGUCAGGCUAAGAGACCCUCCUGCCAUCCAGCACCUGUCUCCUCUAGCCUCACCAGGAGCCAUCCUGAGAGCCUUGCACCAUCCAGUGACUGGGGAAAGUCUCCUUCUGGAUCAUGAGCUCAUGUGACCUCAUGGCCCCUGGUGUGACAUCAGCAAUCCCUUGCCUGCCCUGGUGUCAGGGGGUAGACCUGGGGGCAAGGUGCUGCUGGCGCUGGGCUGGGCUGGGCAGGCCAGCAGAGAAGGGGCAACCCCUGGGAGAGUUGCGGUGACCAGGGACCUCGGUGAGGGUCUCAGCUGACCCUGCCCCCUCAUGUGAAGAAUCGGCCUUUCCCUCCCAUGAGACAGGGGCUGCAGAGCCAGUGGGAGCCACCAUGGCUGCUCAGCCCCCCAAGGAUGUCCUCAGGCUGUCUGCAGAGGAGGUGGAGGCCCUGAAAGUCGCCUUCGAGCAGGGGAGCCUCCCAGCCACUGCCUCCAAGCUGCAGGAGACGCUGGUAUUCCUGGAAAGUGUCCGGCUGGAUGUGGGCAUCACGGGCGAGGCGGGCUCCGGAAAGUCAUCCUUCGUCAACGCGCUCCGGGGGCUGGGCGAUGAGGAUCCAGGAGCUGCCCGCACCGGGGUGGUAGAGACCACGCGGGAGCCAACUCCGUACCAGCAUCCCCGCUAUCCCGGCGUGACCAUCUGGGACCUGCCGGGCAUCGGCACGCCUGGCACCCCCCCGGACACCUACCUGGAGCAGGUUGGUUUCUCACGCUACGACUUCUUCAUCAUCAUCGCCUCGCAGCGCUUCACGGCCCACCACGCCGCGCUGGCUCGCCACAUCCAGGACACGGGCAAGAGCUUCUACUUUGUCCGCUCCAAGGUGGACAUGGACCUGACCUCCUCCCUCCAGCGCCGGCCGGCCAGCUACAGCAAGGCGGGGGUGCUGCAGACGAUCCGGAAGGACUGUGAGGAGGGCCUGCGGGCCCAAGGGAUCGAAUCACCCAGGGUCUUCCUGCUCUCUGCCUUCAAGCUGGGCAAGUACGACUUCCACCUCAUGCAGGAUACCUUGGAGAAGGAGCUGAGCCACCACAAGCGGCGUGCCCUCCUACUGGCCCUGCCGGGCCUCUCCCGGCACAUCCUGGAGCAGAAGAAAGCUACCAUGCAGGAGCACAUGUGGUUGGUCUCCACCGUGGCCUGUGGCCUCCACGCCGUGCCCAUCCCGGGGCUCCUCGUCUCCUGUGACGUGGACCUCCUGGCCAGGACGCUGCAGGGCUACUGCAAAGGCUUCGGCUUGGACCACGACUCCCUGGAGAGGCUGGCAGCACAGACGGGGCAGCCGGUGGAGCAGCUGAAGGCUGUGGUCCGGUCGCCCCUGGCCAGCGAGGUCUCUGGCAUGCUGGUGGUGCAGCGGCUGAAGGAUGUGGGGGUCGAGGCCCCCACGCUGGCUCCCAACGUGCUCACGGCCAUCCCAGUGCUGGGCUCCGUGGCCUCCACUGCUCUGUCCUUUGCCACCACGUACAAGAUGUUGAGGAACUUUGUGGACGACGUGGCCGCUGAUGCCCAGAGGCUGCUGGUCAUGACCUUCAGGGUGGAGGCCAAGGAGUGAGGCGUGGCCCUGGAAACAUGGAGGGAUUUUGGUGGAGGGAGGUGGCACCAAGUCCAGCCCUGGGGUGGCUGGGGGUCCGGAGACCCACCGAGCUUUGUGCAGUGGCAGGACAUGAGAUACAGGAGUGAGCCUCCAGGGUCUCUGCUGCCUUUAUUGCUCACUGGGUGAAAGCCUUCCUCGUGGAUGUGUCUGCCCAAUGCCCAGGGCUGUCAUGCCUGGAGGGAUGUGGGGAUCUCCUUUGGGGUAAAUCUGGCUGGACGUACUGCCACGAACCUGGUGCACUGUUUGGAGAUGCUGGCCAAGAGCCAGCUGCACAGGCAUCAGCGGGUGCCGAGGGGACCCUGGGGCAGGGGCUGUGGGGCAGGCCUGGUGUGCAGAAGGGAAGGGAGCACCCCCCUGUGCCCACCCCAUGAGGAGCAGUGCUCAGGGCCCUCUCCACCAGGCUGCAUUGUAUCGCUGGAGCCAGGCCCGUGGGCAAAAAACAGGGGUGCUGAGGAGGUGCUCUGUGAUGAUGCCGCUAGGUUGGGGAAGUGUAGCCGUGUCCCUCAACAACAAGGGCCCAGUGUGUGCCACCCAGGCGGGAGGGAGGCGCAGGUGUUCUGGCAGGCAGGGCUGAUGGUCAGGACACGGGCUUUGCUCUCUCACAGCGGAGCCGGUGGGGUGCAGUGGUGCGAGCUGGGCAGUGGGUCUCAGGAGUCCUGGUUUCUCCACCGCUGGGACCAUGGAGCCGUGCCCUGCCCCGGGGGGGCUUGAGGCUGGAUGCAAUGACUGCCUGUCCUGUGCCCUCUGCAGAGACUGCCUGCAGACCCAGAGGCUUGGAGGCCCCAUUACAGUCUCCCCCUGUGACCCCUCCUCCAGCACAGCCCACCCAGCACCCCCUGGCUAUAGGAUGGAGCAUGUUCCCCCCCCUUCACCUUCCCCUGCCCGCUAGGUUGUGGGGGUGAUGUGCCAGCCCCUGCAGAAGCAGAGCGUCCAGACAUCCAGGGCCCCAUCCCACCACAUGUCACUUAGCCGGCCUUGGGGUUGCUGCGUGGGCAGGUGUCCAUGCUUUCAGGGUCCAAUCCACCCAAGGGCAUGAGUUGGGCACUGCAGUGAUUAACUCUCCCCUCCUGCUGACACCCCCCUGUUAGGCAAACCCUGGCCCUGCUGCUUCGCUCAGCCCUGGGGCAGGGGCGCAGGGGUCUCAGGAGCUGUCAUGCUGAUUACUCGGGACCCUGCUUGUGGCAGGAGACCUCACAGCUGGAAGGGCCCAUCCAGCCGCCAGCUGAGUUGAAGCCCCAGCUUCUCAGAGACUCAUCCGGUCUGCGGCAAGGAGCUGGCCAGGGACUGACAGGUCUGGUACUUGCAUCCAGACGCCUGUGCCAGUGUGAACCUGCCCCCAUACGUGCCCUAUUGGCAAACCCAAGUCACGACACCCAAAACAGACCUAAAAUUUGCAUAUUUUUAUUUAGUACCUUUUUUUUCCCCUUUCUUCUGAACAGAGGGGAAAAAACAACAAAUAAAACAUUUUCCCCCCUGAAAUAAAAUCUGACUUUUAGUGCGCAGUCUGUCCAGUGGAUAAAAAUGCUCCUUCCCUAAUUAUAUAUAUAUAUAUAUAUAUAUAUAUAUAUAUAUAUAUAUAUAUAUACACACACACCA